AGUCCCGUCGUGAACCCCGAUCUGAUGUUCAGACUCAAAGUCGGUGGCUACUUAAUGAGUUUUCCUUUUCCAUCAGGUAAUUGCGGAUCAAAUCAAAGUAGCAACAAAUUUAUGUACUAAGGUAAAUUCAUAUCAACCUUGUUUGUGAAAUAAAAUACAUGUUUUUCCACAAUCAUGAUAUUGAAUUUCAAUUUAAACUUGCUGAAAAGGGGGUUUCCUAUUAGAUCGUUUCCCUAAAUGGAAUUCCCCAAAUCCCCUUCGAAAGAGAAGCGAAUCGCCACUCAUAAAUGGCCGUUAAGAAUCGGUGCAGCCAUUUUGAUCACGAUGCUGUUGUUGUUGGGUUUCUAUCUCGAGUCAGAUAACAGAAAAGGUCGUAGUAUACUCAAUACGUCGUCGUAUUACACUGUGGUUGUGGAUUGUGGAAGCACUGGGACUCGUGUGAAUGUGUAUGAGUGGAUAUCGAGUAAUGGUAACUAUCCAAUUUUGCUGCAUUCGUAUCCUGAUAACGUGACAAAGAGUUCAAUUUGGAAAACUUCUUGUGAAUAUCACUGUAUGCAAACAGAACCUGGGUUAGAUAAAUUUGUUAAUGAUUCUUUAGGAGUGAGACAAGCUUUGGAGCCUUUGAUUUUGUGGGCAGAAUAUCUGGUGCCACAUGAAAAGCAUAGUGAGACUCCUGUUUUUGUUCUUGGUACUGCUGGGUUGAGGAGGAUUCAGAGGGAUGAUGCCAAACGAGUCCUGGAAGAUGUUGAAGCUGUUGUGAAAGAUCACUCCUUUAUGUUUAGGAAAAAUUGGGUAAGGGUUUUAAGUGGGAAGGAGGAAGCUUAUUAUGGAUGGGUUGCUUUGAACUACAAAAUUGGGGGGUUUGAUAGUUAUCCUGGGUCUCCCACUUUGGGACUUGUUGAUUUGGGUGGCUCCUCGUUGCAGAUUGUGGUGGAGAUCGAUGAUGAUGGGGCCGGAGAUGAUGAUGUGCGCGUGAUGAGAUCAAAGCUCAGUUCAAUUGAACAUCGGAUUAUGGCAUACUCAUUGCCUGCAUUUGGCUUGAAUGAGGCAUUUGAUAGGACAGUUCUUAUGCUCAGAAACAAUCAAAGUGAAGAAAGUGCCACAAGUGUCUCUGAACUCAGACAUCCUUGUCUGGUAUCUACUUUUUUACAAAACUAUACUUGCUAUUCUUGUUCCGGAUUGGAUGUCACUUAUCAGAAAAAUCAUAGCCAACCCCAGAAAACUGAACUUCAUUCUUUACGUCUUGUGGGAGAACCUGAUUGGGAGCAAUGCAAAGAACUAGCUAUUGCUGCUGCUAUGAACUUGAGCAAUUCCAAAGUGUCACAUCCGACAGUUGGCAAAAAUUGCCAAGCUAAUUCAUUUUCUGGCACUGGUAUAAUCAAUUCAACAGCUAUUGCACACCCAAUCAAGCGCUUUCAUGCUUUAUCUGGUUUCUUUUUUGUCUACAACAAGCUAAAUUUGAGUCCAAGAGCCAACUUAACAAUGAUUUGGGAGUCAGGCAAGCAAAUAUGUUCAAAUUCAUGGGCGGGCUUGAGCAGUAUUUCUGAAAAUCCAAAUUAUGCUGGACAAUUUUGUUUCCGGGUGGCUUAUAUGGCAUCAUUGAUUGAGUAUGGUCUGUGUCUCGGUGAUGUAGAAAUGGUAUUUGGUCCAGGUGAUGUUUCCUGGACAUUAGGAGCUGCAUUGGUUGAAGGGAAAUUUCUAUGGAUAAAUAACCCAACCAGCACAGCCCAGACUAUCAUUUCAACUUUGAAGAGUGUCAAGGUCAUGUCUUCUCCAACUUUUCUCUUUGCUGUACUUCUAUUUCUUUUAUUCAUUGUUUAUUGUAGUCAAAUCAAGCUACCAAUGCUAAGCAGGAGAGCUUCUGCUCCUGGCUCAUCAUUGCCAUCUUAUACUCUUGCUAGACUCCGAUCUAUCUAA